CUUUGACCGACGCCAAGGCGAAAUGCCGUCUAGUGCCGAUAAGGAGAUGACUCCCAAGAACCGUGGCCGCGGUGGAUUUUUUUUCUCUCGUCUGUUAAAAGUACGUGCGCUGGCGGUGCCACCGUCGCCGUCGCCGUCGCCGUCGAUCGUUCGUCCCUAUGUAAAUAAAGCUGCUCUGCGGCGCGUGCCUGCAACGGUGGUGUGAUGGUGGUGGUGCUAGUGAACCUACGCCUGACCGAACGAAAACCACGGCUGGGAAACCCAAGCAAUCCAAUAACGGAAAUCCAAAAAUCCCCCUCUGUCCGAGCCCGAACCCGAAACCAUGGACUCGGACCUGGAAACCACGCAGCCGGCCGACAAGCCCCGCGGCUGGGUGGCCGAGCUGAGCCGCGACAUUAGCAUGGCGUGGGCCGACAUACCGCUGCUCGCGAGCUGCUUCGUCAGCGGCAUCUGCGAGUCCAUCACGCUGACGGCGGCCAGCGUCUUUGUCAGCAUGCAAACCGGAAACACCCUCUACCUCGCCCUCGGCGCCGCCCGCAUCCCCGUCGACCAGCCCCUCCUCUGGCUGCGCUGCCUGGCCUCCAUGGGCGCCUUCUGGGCCGGCUGCCUGGCCUUCUCGCACGCGGCCCGCCUGCUCGGCCCGCGCCGCAAGCUGUCCCUCGCGCUCUCCUUCCUGCUGCAGUCGGCCCUCGUGUGCGCCGCCGCGGCCGUGGCCCAGUCCGGCGCCGUGCCGACCUUUGCGCAGCGGUCGCUGGGCGACCAGACGGCGCUCGAGCGCCUCGAGGUCGCCGCGCGGCGCGAGGCGGACCCCCUGGUCGUCGUGCCCCAUCGUGCUGCUCGCCUUCCAGUUCGGCGGCCAGAUCGUGGCCAGCCGCAGCCUUGGGCUUCAACGAGGUGCCCACAAACGUGCUGACGUCGGGUCUACUGCGACCUGCUGUCGGACCCGAAGAUCCUGGCCCCGCCCCGCGAGAACCCCAAGCGCAACAGGCGCGUCGCCGCCGUCGUGCUGCUGGCCGCCGGAGGGCUGUGCGGCGGCUUCCUGCAGAGGUCCGGGGCCGGCAUGGGCGCCGCGCUCUGGGUCGCCGCCGCCGUCAAGAUGGUCAUCGCCGUCGCGUUGCUGGCGUGGAAGGGGCAGGAGGUCCCGCGGGUCGAGAAGCGUUGAAGCUGCUGCUGGGAAGGGGUUGCAUGCAUGCGACAGACAGCUUUUAUGGGGCAAUACGACAUUGACCGAACCCUGUAAUUACGACUCUGGCGGGCCUCUGGGAUGCUGACUGGACCCUCCUGUACAUAAUCUUAACCACUUGUAAUCUCUGGCGUGAGCAGCAUCCUGGCAUGUCUGCAAGGUCGCCCUGGUCAUUCUUCAUCAUUCGGCAGCGGGCAAGAUGGCUGAAAUGGAGGCUUUGGUUUUGCGCCUCCGAGUUACAUCUUUUGACCAUGAAUGGAUAUUACAGUUACAUCAAACAAGAUUACCCAGUCUUUUUCCGCUUACGUGCGCCAGAACACCUUCACCAAGCCCAAUGACUCCGUUUCACGACUUGCCGGCGGCCUGGAUCGCGGCGCCCAUGGCAUCCGUGUACAGCAUGCCGGCGACGCUGGCCGACGUGAGGGUUGACAACACGCCCGAGAAGAGAGCAGAGGCGGCGAGUCCCGCCACGUCGCCGGUGCGGCUAGGGGCGAUCUGCGAGAGCACACCGAUCUGGGUGCCGAGAGAACCAAUGUUGCCGAAACCCUGUAUCACAAUCAAUGAGCUGGGAGCGCUGGCUCAUGGCCUUGAACUCGGGGCGACCAGUGCCUCCCGUCAGGGUCAGGAAGGCGACAAACUCGUUCUUGAUGACCUUCUGGGCGAUAAGCUCGGCGACACGCAGGCAGUCCUCCUUGGGCACGCCCAGCAGCCAGGCGACAGGGAAGAAGACGUAGCGGAAGAUCAGCUCCAGCGACAGCUUGCGGCCCGCCACCUCGAUGCCCCAGUAGGUGCCCCACCAGCCGAGGAUGCCGUCGAUCAUGGCGACGAAGGCGAUGAUGCAGAGCAGGGUCGAGAUGAUCAUGCCGGCGAUCUUGAUACCCAGCCAGGCACCGUUGGCGAAAGCCUCGAGGCCGUUGGCCGCCUUGCUCUCCUGGUCC